UGGGGUGGACUUUGUGCAGUCCCUAACCCACGCCUGGACGAGGCUGCUGUCCAGUGUGGCCCAAGAAACGUCGACCCAGUGCAUGGAGUUUCUACUGUUAGUGCAUCCCUGCUGUGACUCACUGCUGUUGUCUCCAGGACCCACUGAGAGGGCCUGCUUACUCUCCCUGCUAAGCUCCUGGUCCAGAAAUUGCAUUAGGGGCUGGAGUUCAUUGCACCCCAACAGCCAUGGGACCCAGGAUAGGGCCAGCAGGUGAGGGACCCCAGAUGCCAGACAAGGCCAGGAUGGGCACAGAAGACACACCUGGAGGCAAAGCCAGCCCAGAUCCUCAGGACAUGAGGCGAAGUGUGUUCCAUAACAUCAAGCUCUUUGUCCUGUGCCACAGCCUGCUGCAGCUGGCACAGCUCAUGAUCUCCGGCUACCUUAAGAGUUCCAUAUCCACAGUGGAGAAGCGCUUUGGCCUCUCCAGCCAGACCUCAGGACUGCUGGCCGCCUUCAACGAGGUGGGGAACACAGCCUUGAUAGUGUUUGUGAGCUAUUUUGGCAGCCGGGUACACCGGCCCCGGCUGAUCGGCUAUGGGGCUAUCCUUGUGGCCCUGGCAGGCCUCCUCAUGACUCUCCCACACUUCAUCUCGGAGCCAUACCGCUACGACCACACUAGCCUGGAGGAUACACCACAGGACUUCGAGGCUUCUCUGUGCCUCCCCACAACCUCGGCCCCAGCUCUAGCCCCCUCCAACAGCAGCUGCUCAAGCUACACUGAGACCCGGCAUCUGACUGUGGUGGGAAUCAUGUUCAUGGCACAGACCCUGCUGGGCGUGGGCGGGGUGCCCAUUCAGCCCUUUGGCAUCUCCUACAUUGACGACUUUGCCCAUAAUAGCAACUCGCCCCUCUACCUCGGGAUCCUGUUUGCAGUGACCAUGAUGGGGCCAGGCAUGGCCUAUGGGCUGGGCGGCCUCAUGCUCCGUCUUUAUGUGGACAUUGACCGGAUGCCGGAAGGUGGUAUCAGCCUGACCCCGAAGGACCCCCGAUGGGUGGGCGCCUGGUGGCUGGGCUUCCUCAUCGCUGCCUGUGCGGUGGCUCUGGCUGCCAUUCCCUACUUCUUCUUUCCCAGGGAAAUGCCCAAGGAGAAGCAAGAGCUUCACUUCCGGCAAAAGGUCUUGGCAGUUGCUGCCUCACCUGCCAGCAAGGGUAAGGACUCCCCCUCUGAACAGAGCCCUGGGGAGUCCCCAGAGAAGCAGGAUGGCCUAGCCCAGAUCGCACCAGACCUGACAGUGACCCAGUUCAUCAAAGUCUUCCCCAGGGUGCUGCUGCGGACCCUGCGCCACCCCAUCUUCCUGCUGGUGGCCCUGUCCCAGGUGUGCAUGUCGUCCAUGGUGGCGGGCAUGGCCACCUUCCUGCCCAAGUUCCUGGAGCGGCAGUUUUCCAUCACAGCCUCCUACGCCAACCUGCUGCUUGGCUGCCUCAUCAUCCCGUCGGCCAUCGUGGGCAUCGUGGUGGGCGGUGCGCUGGUCAAGGGCCUCCGCCUGAGCCCCCUGCGCUGCGGCGCUCUUUGCCUGCUGGGGUCGCUGUUGUGCCUCUUCGUCAGCCUGCCCCUCUUCUUCAUCGGCUGUCCCACCCACCAGAUCGCGGGCAUCACCGGCCAGCCUGGCACCCCGCCUGGCCCAGGGUUGUUUCCAUUCUGCAUGGAGCUCUGCUCCUGCCCAUCGGACGACUUUAACCCUGUCUGCGACCCCAGCGCCCAUGUGGAAUACAUCACGCCCUGCCAGGCAGGCUGUUCAAGCCAGGUGGUCCAGGAAACUCUGGACAAAGGCCAGGUUUUCUACACCAACUGCAGCUGCGUGGAGGGGGGCGGCCCUGUGAGCGCAGGCUCCUGUGACUCGCCCUGCAGCCACCUGGCGCUGCCCUUCAUUACAGUGGUUGGGAAAGGCUCCACGCUGCUGCAAGACCCUUGGGGGCUGGCGUUCCUCCAUCCUAAUGCCACCCGUGUCUCUCUGCAUGUCAGGGGAGUGAAGAAAGAAGACAAGGCUUUGGCUGUGGGGAUCCAGUUCAUGCUCCUGAGAGUUUUGGCCUGGAUGCCCAGCCCUGUGAUCCACGGCAGUGCCAUUGACACCACCUGCGUGCACUGGGCCCUGAGCUGUGGGCGGCGAGCUGUCUGCCGCUACUAUGACAACGACCUGCUCCGAAACAGGUUCAUCGGCCUCCAGGUCUUCUUCAAAACAGGCACCCUGGUCUGCUUCGCCUUAGUUUUGGCCAUCCUGAGGCAGCAGGACAAAGAGGCAAGGACCAAGGCGAGCAUAUCCAGUCCUGGUCUAAGAGAGCAGCAACUGUUGUUGUCAGGGUCAGAGAAGAAGCCAGAGGAUUCCAGAGUGUGAACCAUCCUGGGGCCUAUCCUGGCCAAGACUAGCAAUCCUUUGCUCAAGACUGAGUGUCAAGAGACCUGUGUUCCAAUUCUGGCUUCUCCACUAAAUUGCUGUGACUUUGGGCAAGCCGCUGACCCUCUCUGGGCCUUUGCUUGCUCUUCUGAACCAAAGAGUUGUUUGGAGGUUUGCUGCGUUGGCCACUUCUGAAGCAAGAGGAUCCUCCCCUUUCCUCCCCCAGCCAGCCAGUCGACCUGGAACCAGGCUUUCCUGGGUGGAAGGACUACAUAUCGUUUCCCCGGGGCCUCAGGAUAGGAAAGCGAACAUAGUAGCCCAGGCUAGCCUCCACACUGGGCCCCAGCCCAGCUCUGACACUCACCUGGAGCACCCUCUCUGAGCCUCAGCCACCCCCGACAGGUGAAAAUGGACUUGCCAGCUUUCAAGCUCAUUCAGCUGUGACCCUCUGUGUGGUCAGGAUGGACUCAGGUCUCCUCCCAACCCCAGCAGCCUUCAAGAAGUGUCCCUUUGGCGCCCCCUGGAGGCAAAGCCCUGAGCUGGACUCUGAGGAGAGAGCCACAGAGAGGAAGGAGAGGGACACCCAGACUCCAUAGGGCCUUGGGAAGGCCCGUUUGGGGGUCCCAGGAAGACUCAGCUGAAGGGAGAGCCUCACUCUCUGGCA